CGUCUCUCGGGAGCCUGGGCCUCUCUCCAGCCAAGGUUGCGGGUAAGGAGCGCCGAGCGUCGGAAGCAGAGCACCGGCCCCGCGCCCGAGUUCCCCGAGCUCCUCUCCCCGCAGGCAGCGCCGGACAGCGGUGCCGACAGAACUGGUUAAAUCAUGGACAAACAAAAUGUGCAAAUGAAUGCUCCACACCCAGGAACAAAUUUAACAGGACCUCCGGGAUAUAUUGGCUGUCCUGGCCCCCAGGCUGGCUAUCCAGUGCCACCAGCUGGUUAUGCAAGUCCUGGCCCAGCUGGCUUCCCUGUCCAACACCAGCCAGUGACUAGUCACCCAGGUGAGCCCACCCAGGUAUCAUGGAUGCCAGCACCACUGCCUCCAUUAAACUGCCCACCGGGACUGGAGUAUUUAACUCAGAUAGAUCAGCUAUUGAUUCAUCAGCAAAUGGAACUUCUGGAAGUCCUCACAGGUUUUGAAACUAGAAACAAAUAUGAAAUUAAGAACAGCCUCGGACAGAGGGUCUACUUUGCAUCAGAGGAUACUGAUUGCUGUACUCGAAAUUGCUGGGGGCCUUCUAGGCCUUUCACCAUGAGGAUCCUUGAUAACCUGGGCCGAGAAGUCAUCACUCUGGAGAGACCACUGCGGUGUGCCUGCUGCUGCUGUCCCUGCUGCCUGCAAGAGAUAGAAAUCCAGGCUCCUCCUGGUGUCCCAGUAGGUUACGUUACUCAGACCUGGCACCCUUGCCUGCCAAAGUUUACAGUUCAAAAUGAGAGGCGAGAGGAUGUGCUAAGAAUUUCUGGUCCAUGUGUUGCCUGCAGCUGUUGUGCAGAUGUUCAUUUUGAGGUUAAAUCUCUUGAUGAUAAGUAUGUGGUUGGCAAGAUUUCCAAGCACUGGACUGGCCUUGUUCGAGAGUUAUUUACAGACGCUGAUAACUUUGGCAUCCAGUUCCCGUUAGACCUUGAUGUGAAAAUGAAGGCAGUGAUGCUUGGCGCGUGUUUCCUCAUUGACUUCAUGUUCUUUGAAAUGAUUAAGUGAACAGAGAGCAGGAGUGUGAUAGUACAUUCAUGAAAGUCUCAGAAAAUCUGAAGUCCAUAUCUUGAUUGGGACUAUGUAAAAGAAAAUUGUGCGGAUUUUUUUCUUUAUGUAAAUGACUUAUUACAGCAUGUGUAAAUUAUUCUAGGAUACCUAAAGCUUCAGGCAUAUGAUUUUACUUUUCAAAUUAAAUAGUUUAUUUUAUAUAUCACUUACUUAUAAGUGUUUUUAUACAUUUUCUUCUUCAUUGUGCAUUUUGGAGGAAGGCUGUAGAAAUUUUUACAUUUAAACAUAACUUCCUGGGAUGAAUUGCUUUGAACUAGAGUCCCUGCUUUGUUUUCAAUCUGUACAGAAAAAUUAAUUAAAGCCUUUUUAAAGUAAUACUAAUAUAAACAUACAUUGUUUUAUUAAAUCUAGUUAUUUCCUAUGUAACAACUGUUAUUUUGCAAAAAUGGUAUAUUCAAAAAAGUUCAAAAUGAACAUAAUUUUCAGUGUUUAUUUUUACAGUUAUGCUCAAAUAAUACUCAAUAUUCAUAUUGUCAAAUGUAUUUUUUUGUUCAGAAAAUCACACUACAUUUAACUUCUAUAAUCUGCAACUAUUAACAUUUUUAUAUUGACAAGACUAUAAAUUACCAAAUUUUGAUGAUUUUUCAUGAAUAAAAGAAUGAUUGUGUACCAAAGAAGGACAUACUUAAAGAUUCACUCUAAAACUGGGAUACUAUAAUAUUUUGAAGUAAUUAUAUAUAUAUAUAUAUGGAAUAAUUAGCUUCUGUUCUAUAUUCUGUCAUUCAUGGAAUAUAGUAGUUUUCAGAUCACUCAAAUGUUAAUUAAAUAGAACAUAUAUAUUCCGUCCUUUUAUAUAAACAUAUAUAAAUGUUUAUAAUGGUCUAUUAGAUUAUUUUUGCCAACAAUUAAAUAAUUAAAACAUUGCUGAUAUA